AUGGGUUCACACUCUGCCAUCAUUACGAGGCUGCUGGUCCUCAUCCUGGCAAUCACUGUCAGGCAAACAACAGCCAUCGAUGCCAAAGCCUCUCACUACCCUGGGAACUUGUCCGGAGGCAACUGCAUGCUCACUUCUUACACGAUCCCGUCCGGCAUGUUUGGCACAGCCAUCUCAAACUCCAACUAUGACAGCUCCAACAUGUGUGGCGUUUGCCUCAACGUCAAGGGGCCGAACGGGAACAUGAAGGUCAUGGUCGUGGACAACUGCCAUGAAUGCCCACAAAACAAGCUCGACCUCUUUGAGGACGGCUUUAGCAAUAUCGGGGAUCUCAAUGCGGGCAUUAUCGACGUCGAUUGGGAGGUCACCUCUUGCGGGAUCACAGAGCCGCUCAAGUUGCGGAACAAGGAUGGCACAUCCAAGUCCUGGUUCUCCAUGCAAGUGUUCAACAGCAACCAGCAGGUCAAGUCGCUCGACGUCAGCACCGACGGCGGGGCGACCUGGCAAGGCACGACGCGGCGCCCGUACAACUAUUUUGAAAAGACCAGUGGUGGCGGUUUCGGUGCCGACUCUCUGACGGUCCGUGUCACAUGUGUAGGUGGUGGCCAGGUGAUGAUGAGUAAUGUCGGCGUCGCGGGCGGCUCCAGCUUCACGGCUUCGGGCAACUGCUAG